CAGCCACAGGACGCUUCUUCUAGAUAGCCUGCGCGGAGAGCCAAGUCUCCACUUCAGGUGGGGGCCCAGUCACGGUCAAACUCGUAAGGACGGCCGGAGAGAUAGACGAGGACCAAGCGCUUGCAUCCUCCUGCCAAAUUAGGCUUUCAUCAUAGAGCAACUCUUGGCAGUAUCAGGGCCAGGACACAGCGAGGGAGGAGGUGAAGAACGCGGCCAUCAACCCAUUGGCAAGAAAGGCGCGCGAGCUCUUAGAGAAGCAGCCGCCUGUUGCUGCGAAAGAAUCUCGUGCCGGCGCUGACAGGGGAACGCAAGGGCGCGCGGUGCCUAAGAGGGGUGGACUCUGACAGGCUCCACGGCAGCGCCGGAAUACUUCCUUCUGCCUAAGUCUUCUCUCCCACCUCAGUGAGAGCAUGCAAUGAGCAGCCCAUCGCAGCGGUCAGGGCAGCGCGGUGGAGGAAGCCGCAGCUGCUUAAAGCGCCACCGGCUGAAGGGAAAGGCAGCACAGGCUGAGCGAGGGUUGCGCCGCCGUCGCCCUCGGGAUGUCGGCGCACAGCCUGCUCAACAGCGUCUUCUCCUGCUCUUCUUCGCCGGCAGCUGGCGCCUCGCCCUCCUCUUCCAAGAGCCUCUCCAAGCGGAGGCUCGGCCAGACCCGCAGCCUGGACCCAGCCGUUAUCGGCCGCUCUAGCGGGGAAGAGGCGGCGGAGAGCUUGGUCCGCGCUCCUCGGGCCAGGGCGGUGGGCAGCCCUUCAGCGGAAUGCUUGGCGGCCUUUUCCUCGCGCGCUCUGCUACGCCCGGCCGGCGGGGGGACGCCGCAGGGCGCCUUCUCGCUCUCCACGCCCAGCACCCCGCUGGAUAAGUCGCCCUCCGGCAGCUUCCACUUCGACUACGAGAGCCCUCGAGGUAAGAGGCACACGGCGUGGGAGCUGCCUUUCCUGGCGCGCGCGCCUUCCGCCUCGGCUCUUAGCAGCGCCCCUGGUGGUGGCGGCGCCAACAGCAUCUUCUUUUCUCCCAGGAAGUGGCUCCAGCAGAGGAAGGGCCAACAUCUGCCCAGCAGUCAUGUCUCCGCCUACAUCGUGUGGAAAUCUGAGGGUGACUUCACUUGGAACAGCAUGUCAGGGCGCAGCGUUCGGCUGAAGUCUGUUCCUAUUCAAAGUCUUUCAGAAUUAGAGCGUGCCCGGUUACAGGAAGUGGCCUUUUAUCAAUUGCAGCAGGACUGUGACUUAGGUUGUCAGAUAACUAUUCCUAAAGAUGGACAAAAGAGGAAGAAAUCAUUACGAAAGAAACUGGAUUCCCUUGGAAAGGAAAAAAACAAAGAUAAAGAAUUCAUACCGCAGGCUUUUGGAAUGCCUUUAUCACAAGUAAUUGCUAAUGAUCGGGCCUACAAAUUGAAACAGGAUACUCAGAGGGAAGAGCAGAGGGAUGUUUCAGAAUUUGUAGCCUCCCUUUUACCAUUUGGGAGUAAAAGACAGAACAAAGAACUCUCAAGCAGUAACUCAUCUCUGAGCUCCACCUCGGAAACACCAAAUGAAUCUACUUCACCUAACACACCAGAGCCAGCUCCAAGGGCAAGGAGGAGAGGUGCAAUGUCUGUGGACUCUAUUACCGAUCUUGAUGACAGUCAAUCUCGAUUGCUAGAAGCCCUACAGCUGUCAUUGCCUGCUGAAGCACAGAGCAAGAAAAAAAAGUCCAGAGACAAGAAACUAAGCCUCAAUCCUAUUUACAGGCAGGUUCCUCGACUUGUAGACAGCUGCUGUCAGCAUUUAGAAAAACAUGGUCUCCAAACAGUGGGAAUAUUCCGAGUUGGUAGCUCAAAAAAGAGAGUAAGACAGUUACGUGAAGAGUUUGAUCGUGGUGUAGAUGUAAUAUUGGAUGAAGAACACAGCAUUCAUGAUGUGGCUGCUUUAUUAAAGGAAUUUCUUCGUGACAUGCCUGAUCCACUCCUUACCAGAGAGCUUUACACUCCUUUUAUCAAUACUCUGUUGUUAGAGCCCCAUGAACAGCUAAAUGCCCUGCAACUUCUUAUUUAUCUUCUACCUCCCUGCAACUGCGACACCUUACAUCGACUCCUUCAGUUCCUUGCCACUGUAGCUAGCCAUGCAGAAGACAAGAUAGACCAAGAUAGCCAGGACAUCCCUGGCAACAAAAUGACAUCACUUAAUUUAGCCACUAUAUUUGGACCUAAUCUGUUGCACAAACAGAAGACAACAGACAAAGAAUUUACAGUUCAAAGUACAGCACGAGCUGAGGAGAGUACUGCAAUCAUUGCUGUUGUACAAAAGAUGAUAGAAAACUAUGAAAUACUUUUCAUGGUCCCUGCUGACCUUCAAAACGAAGUUCUGAUUAGUCUGCUUGAAACUGACCCAGAUGUUGUAGACUAUUUGCUGAGGAGGAAAGCUUCUCAGUCAUCAAGCCCUGAAAUGCUCCAGACAGAAGGUUCAUUCUCCAUGGAAGGCAGGCAUUCAUCCAUAGACUCAAAUAGAGCCUCAAGUGGUGACAUCUCGCCUUACGACAACAACUCCCCAGUGCUCUCUGAACGGUCUCUUUUAACAAUGCAAGAAGACAUGUCCUUCAAUUCAGAGAAGCUAUUCAAAGUACCAGAACAAUUUACAUUGGUCAGCGGUUUGCACCCGAAAUCAAGAGAGAAUUCUCUUGGAUCGUGGCUUGGAAAAGAUGUUUCAGAAGACUAUUUCAACAUCUGGGGAACCUGGCAUUCAACACUGAAAAGUGGUUCCAAAGAUCCAGGAAUGACAGGGUCAUCUGGAGACAUCUAUGAGAGCAGCUCACUGCAGCCAGGGCAGUGCUCUCUUUCUCAAGGGAACCUAUCACUGCCUUCACCUCAGUGGCUGGGGAGCACCACAGAAUUAGACAGUGGAAAACAAAUAAUCCGAAGGAGUCAGACUACGACCGCCCUUCCUGAGUGUCGCCCUCAUCCUCCCCUUUCUCGGAUUUACAGUACCCCACAAAUGGAAGCUGGCAGGAGGAAUUCCACCCAGUCCAAUUUAGAGCAGUAUUUUUCUAUGGGUAACACACAGCACCUUGUGGAGCGUGACUCAGAUACAGCUUGUUUGCACGACACAAUGAAUCCGUUGUACCUGAAGCAGGGCGAAGCGGUUCAGAAAGAUAGGCCUCCACCACCACCUUAUCCUGACAAAGCAAAGCAAAGUUCUUCCUCAUCCCUCCAGCCAACUGUCUCUUCAACAGAGCAUCCACUGUGGAGGGUCCAGAGGCCAGAAUCACGUUCCAGGGCCAUAGGAGCAAGAGUAAUGACACAAGUGCCUGAACAGUCUACUCUGUUUGAGGAGCAACAGGACAAAAUGGGGAGAGAGUACUCUACUACAGACAGUGAGCAAAACAGUAAACAUUUGUCAGAGCCCGAUUGGCAUGACUGGCAAAGGGAUCGAUGGCAGAUUUGGGAGAUUUUAUCACCUGAUAAUCCAGAUGCUCUCCCUGAAACAUUAGUAUGACUAGAUGCCAGCACUGGCCAUGCUUUUCCCAGAUAAGGAAGGAAUGGUAGCGAUGGACUGGAUUCUAGCUUCGUUUUAUACCAAACAAGUGUCAUUUAAUUUUUUUUAAAAAAACAGCUAUGUUCACUUUAUAAAACAAUUUAAUGGUAUUGUAAAAUUAAUGAAUAAAUUUUAUUUCUGGUUUUGCAGUUAUAAGAAGGAAAAAUGAUAUGACAAUUCCAGCCCUAGCCACUCUGUAAAAUAUAAACUGUGUGUAUAUUAAAAACUACAGCCUUGAUGUCGCUAAGAUAUAUUUAUGUAUCUGCAGUCCAGAUGAUUGUAUAUUCUGCAAAAGUUUUUUGUAUGAUAGUAUUGUGCUCAUAUGCAGAAAACAACCAACCUUGGCUGCUUUUUUAAUAAAAAAAAUAAUACUUUAAUCACUGCACUUAUAUUACCACAAGAUGCAUUGAGGCUCUCUUGAAAGUGCACAAGCUGGUUUAUGUGCUUUUAAUUAACCUGUUUGUGGGAGACAUAUAUUUUCACUGCCUAUAAAAAACACUAAUGUGGAAUGAAACCAUUCAUUACAAGCCAUAUAUUUUAUAGUGAGCAAGUUAGAGGGGAAGAGUAUCUACCAUGUUAUUAGCUUGCAAACAAAUUUUUUAAAAUUGAUGCAAUAUGAUAAAAUUUAUAUAUAUUUUAGACUCUAUUAGAAAGCAAUUUAGUUAAUCCUUCAGAAGCAAGGCUGUGCCUACACCAAACAAAGGAAGUUCAAAGUUCCGUGCCCCAUUCCAGAUCAACUGCAAUCUUAUAUACACAGUAUAUAAUAUAUAUUUAUAGAUAUUAUAGUUUUAAAGCAAACUGGAAUCCAAAUUCAAUUAAAGUACUGCUUUUCCUUUGUUAAAAAAGUAACAAAGUAUUAUGGAAAAAUUCUUAUGUACUUUAAGGGACAAGUAUAACUGGAUCCCACAUACAGAUUCCAGAGUGAAUAUGACCAUUUUACACAAAAAAUGUGCCAAAAAGUGCAAUGUCGUAUUUGUUAAAUGUUGAUGUUCAUGCAAAUCAUAAACUACAAAAAUGUUUGGGGCCAGCAGGUGGCAGUACAUUGCCAUUUUGAAGGAUUUCCCCCAUUUAACAAGGGAAAGGUCUAACCUGUGACAUUCUUAUGCAUAUGAUUGUCUUAAUUUUAAUGGUUAAAGACUUAUCCAGUCAUGUACUUAAGUUAUGUCUUGUGCCAUAAGGAUGGAAUAAAGUCUGCUUAAAAAGAA